GCUUAGUUCCUUAAGUAACCUUUGCACUCCUAGCGAACGUGUAAUAGGUUGAAACCAUUCGGGAACACUAUUGUCUAAAAAAGAAGCAGGUUGUUGUGAGCUCGGUUGACACAUUUAGCUCAGCUCAAUCAUGGACAGAAAUAUUACUCAAGUUUGCUCUGACAGACUGCUGGAUUACUUCGGUAUGAGCACUGAUAGGAAGAUGUGGCGAGUCAACGUGCUGAUGCUGAUCAACGGCAUCUUGAUGGGAGUCGUGGUUGGCAUAGGCGCCUACGCCCCACGGUAUCGCCGCCAUGUUUUGAUCCGCUUCCUCUUCCUGGGAGCCUCAACCUUGUUCCUCCCCAUCGUCUCCAGCGUUGCCGCCACUCUUGGUAGUGAUCAGUACUUCUCCGGCUCUUUAUUCGGUCGUCACGUCGUAGUGGCGAAAUGCCAACCGGGAAUUCACAUCGUCCUAGUCUUAGUAUGGACGGGGCUCGUUGUACUUGUCGGUAUCAAUACAAGUGCAGUAGUCGCUGGCGAUGAAAGAGAAGGUAGAAACGUUGGGCCCCCUACAGAACUGUUGAUUAAAGCAGGCUGGACUACAUACCUAAUAUACAUAACCACAUCGAAGAGGGGAUUUCUCGCAACAACGCGCUAUUUAGGGAAGCUCUUACAGAGUGGUAGUUUCGGUCAUCAAGUGCAGAUCAUGUUCGCUCUGCUUACCUGUCUUACAUUUUGCAAAUUACUUUUCAAGUAUAUUACAUUUCACAGGGCUAAACGAUCGGUUGCGCUCGGGCGCAGUCCCCGUUUUAUUGCCGGUUACAUGGCUGAGCUACGAGAAAGCCAAAGUAUAGCUCCUGCACUUGUAGUUCAGGGAGAGGAGACAGGACAAGUAGAGAAGUGGCUUCAUGGUGACAGUACAAGGAGAAACAAGGUUGACAGUACAAGUAGAGAAGUGCCCGACCAGGGUGACAGUACAAGGAGAGAGUGCCCACAGUUAGUGACCUUGGACAGAGUUUGGGGGCACAGUCUUCUGUGGUCAGAACCCAAAGAUCUGUGCUUUUCGUUCGCGUUGUUCAAGCUGCUACGGUGUCGGUUUGCAAAGUACACAGUUUUUGAGGCUGGUUUCAUGAAGGCCCGUGAGUUUUUCCGGGACACGUUGCUCAAGGGUCAUGACUAUGAGAGGGUAUUUCAAGUGGUCGCAGACGAGCUCUCUUUCCUCCAUGAUUAUUACUAUUCAGCCCAGCCAAGCAACUUCCUCUUAUCACUCUUUAGUAUUGGUUACUGUUCGUAUAUGUUUGUAUUCGUCUCACAAGCAAUGAUGCAUUUAGGAGGCUAUGAGCAGAUAUACUGUCUAGUGUGGUGCCCAUACAGCAAAAUUACUCGUCAUCAAAGUGGAGAUCGAUCUCUUUAUUCGGUAGGAACGGGAACCAAUAAACGUGGAACAUAUCUUGACUUUGGAAAUACGUACUAUGAUGUAGUACCGGUAUAUUUGGUCCUCACGGUGCUUAUGUUUUCAGAGAUCAGGGAUAUUGUUUCCCACAUCGGUUCUAAGUGGACCAAAGUGGCCCUGGUUUGCAAAUACGUCAACAGUAAUUCUGCCGUCCUGGAAAAACGUAUUGCCUUUGCGUUCAGGUGUUGCAAAAUCAAGCUGGUGAGGAGCUGGGAGGGCAAAAUGAACCAGUGCUCAAUACUGGUGCUCCGCCCGUGGGACAUCUCACUUCUUCCAAGGAGUCUCCUCCGUUUGCCCAACCAAAAGAAGGUCAAGGUACCAGGUGAGGUCAAGGCCGCCGUCUUCAAAGCCCUCAAAAACCUGACCAGCGAUCAGGAGGGAGCCAUCAAGCAUAUUCGGCCACCCUCGUCUCCAGUUUCCGGCCCCACCGCUGUGGACGCCCGGUCGGCAUGCCAUGGCAAGGGUGCAGCUGACACCAUACUUGCGUGGCACAUCGCCACGAGCAUAUAUGAGCUGAGGCACCCCCAGGCGUCGAAUCCUGAGGGCCAUAAGAUUGCCGCCACUCACCUCUCACGCUACUGCGCGUACUUGGUCAGCUACCGCCCGGGGCUACUUCCCGACGACGACGAAUGGUGCAAGGAAUUAUACAAGGACGUCAAGAAGGAUGCUGAUCGCGUCCUCGGACGCCGUGCUGCGGCCUCAACGCCGGAAAUCGAGUACCGGCAGCUGGUGGAUUUGCUGAGCGCAGACUCCAACCACGAGGUGCUCAAGAACGGCGCGAGGCUCGGAGAGCGAUUGGUGGUGGAUUCGGAGACGAAGUGGGAGGCGCUGGCCAAUUUCUGGGUGGAGAUGAUCCUGUACGUCGCCCCGUCGGAGAACUUGGAAGGGCACGCAGAGGCCAUUGCCGGUGGCGGCGAGCUGAUAACGCUCCUCUGCACGUUGCUUCCACACGCCGGGAUUGUGGGUAGGCUCGACGACACGGCCGCCGACAACAGUGCUGCUGUUGACCAUGCUUGAGUGUGAUGUAUGUUCGUGCAGGCAUGCAUGUGUGAUUUGUGGUUGAAUUUGCCCGUGUCUUGUGCUAGUACUCUUGUUUUUCUUUGUGUCCAUGCUUAAGUGGCGUGUGUUGUAACUAUAAGUUACAUAUCGUGGUUGGUCUAAUAUAUGUUCAUUAUGA